AUGGUUAGGUCGUCAACUGGAAAAGAAGUUGUCAUAAAGGUCGAUUGGAACAAUUUGGACUCGUUGACAACUAAUAUUGAAGAUGCUGUACGAGUAACAAAAGCAGAUCCACAGACGUUUUGUAUAAAUUUGGAAUGUAAUCCCAAGAACACGAUUAUCUGCUUCAAGUCCUUACCUAAACAACUUAUCUCGCCUGCGUACAGAGAUGCUAUGAUUGAAGCAAGUAUAUCGCUUUGGUAUUAUAAAACAUAUUUAAAUUCUCUGUGUAAUUACUUUUGUGUAUAAAACAAUAUUUUACUUUCAGUGUGCGUUGGACACUGUUCAGCCUGGUCGUGCUUCUCCUUGUCAUGUUCAAUAUCUCCCGUUUAGACUGAAGAAAAGGCACCAAAUGAAGAUAAUUCAACAAAGCAGCUUUUAA